AUGGGGCCGAAACUGGAAAACAAUCUAACUGCUUAUCGUAAGAAAAACAGUUGCGAGACUUCUUUAAUAAAACUAGUGGAGGAUUGGAAAAUAUCAUUGGAUAAUAAGACCGUUGUUGGGGUACUAACAACUGAUCUCUCUAAAGCUUUUGAUUCACUUCAUCCGCCUUUAUUACUAGCAAAAUUGAAAGCCUAUGACUUGUCGGAAGAGGCUCUAGUUAUGUUGAGAAGUUAUUUUACUGAACGAAAGAAUAGAGUGCGUAUGCGAUCAGGAUGUAGAAGCCAAUGGAGGGAUAGUAAAAGGGGUUGUCCGCAGGGCUCACGUCUAGGCCCACUACUUUGGAACAUUUUCCAAAACGAUUUCGUUUAUAACGUACGUAAUAGUAACUUAGCAAUGUAUGCAGAUGAUCACCAAGUAUAUGCUUGUGGUGAAAGGACGGAGGAUGUGGAAAGAAUUUUGAACAGCGAGGCGAUUUAUAUGUCUGAAUGGUACCAAGACAACCUGCUCAAGUGUAACUACGACAAAUUCCAAGUCAUGAGUUUAGGACCGAGAAAUAAGAAGAAAGAAAUAAACAUUGAAAUGAUAGACGCUAAUAUAGCUACGUUCAACUUCAAUCAUAAACCUAUUAGGGAUUGCUAUAGACGAUGUAUUAAAGUUUGUGAAACACAUUAG